AUGACACACACCAACGGCACCGCACCGACCGACUCGCUCUUCUCGCCCUCGCUGAUCUCGCCGCAAGUCAGCUCCGCGCUCCCCUCAGGCUACUCGAUCCGACCGCUCGAGCGCAGCGACUUCGACUACGGCUUCCUCGACGUGCUGCGAGUCCUGACGCACGUGGGCCAAGUCACGAAAGAUGAGUUUGAGAACCGCUUCGACGAGAUGAAGGCGGGCGCAGGCGGAUACCACGUGCUGGUGAUUCUAGAUGGGGAUAGCAAGAUCGUGGGAACGGGGGCGUUGAUUGUGGAGAGGAAAUUUAUCCACCACCUCGGACUCGUGGGACACAUCGAGGACAUUGCGGUCGCCAAGGACCAGCAGGGCAAGAAGUUGGGACUGAGGAUCAUCCAGGCGUUGGACUACGUCGCGGAGAAUGUGGGCUGCUACAAGACGAUUCUGGACUGUUCGGAGGCGAACGAAGGGUUCUAUGUCAAGUGUGGGUUCAAGAGGGCUGGGCUUGAGAUGGCUCACUACUACGAGCGACCACAGUAA